AUGGGCAGCUGGCGACACAGUGCGAGCGGGGAUCCCACGGGAAUGCUAGCAACGGCCGGUGCGGCAGCGGCGGAAGCAACGGUGACAGAAAACAGUGCCGGGCGGUCCACUUCCGCGCUGGGAUUCACCGCGAUGGAUUUGUCGGCGUCGGUCGCCAGUGAAGUGCAGUGCGGAAGGUCGGAGGGGCCAGUGGGGGUGGAGGGGCGGUGUGACGAGGAGCUGCCCGCCCGGUUGCGGGCUGGCGGCGGGGCCAACCGAGCUCACCGGCGCCAGAGGACUGUGUUGCUGCUGGUGGCCCUGCUCGCCCUGGUGCAGCUGCUGCCGGGGGUGGAGUCGUGCGGGCCGGGCCGUGGCAUUGGGGGGCCGCGGCGGACGCGGAAGCUGCUGCCGCUGGUCUUCAAGCAGCAUGUGCCGAACGUAAGCGAAAACUCGCUGUCCGCGUCCGGCAUGCAGGAGGGAGCGAUCUCGCGCAACGACAGCAAGUUCCGCAAUCUCGAAACGAACUACAACAAGGAUAUCAUCUUCAAGGACGAGGAGGGCACGGGUGCCGACCGUGUGAUGACGCAGCGCUGCAAGGAAAAGCUGAACAUCCUGGCGGUGUCGGUGAUGAACCAGUGGCCCGGCCUCCGGCUGAUGGUGACGGAGGGCUGGGACGAGGACCACAUGCACGCGCCCGAGUCGCUGCACUACGAGGGCCGGGCGGUCGACAUCAUGACGUCCGACAAGGACCGCUCGAAAAUCGGCAUGCUGGCCCGGCUUGCGGUCGAGGCCGGCUUCGACUGGGUGUUCUACGAGAGCCGCAACCACAUCCACUGCUCCGUCAAGUCAGAUUCAUCGCAGGCGAACCACGCGAGCGGCUGCUUCACCGGCGACAGCACCGUCCUGACGGAGAGUGGCGCGCACCGGAAGCUGAGCGAGUUGCGGAUCGGCGAGCGGGUGCAGGCGGUGGACGCCACCGGCCACACGGUCUUCAGCGAGGUGCUGAUGUUCAUGGACCGGGACACGCACCAGCGGCGCGAGUUCGUGACGAUCGAGGCGGAGGGUGGCGCGCUGCUGCACGUCACGCCCGCCCACCUGGUGAUGGUGUGGCGCCGGGAGCGCUCCGAGACGCGCUUCGUGUUCGCCGAUCGGGUGCGCGAGGGCGACCACGUGCUGGUACAGGCGGCGGAUGGGACGUUGGAGCCACGGCGCGUCCACCGGAUAUCGGCCACGCUGGCGGCGGGGGUGUACGCGCCGUUGACGCGCGAGGGCACGAUCGUGGUGGACCGGGUGGCCGCGUCCUGCUACGCGCUCAUCGACAGCCAGACGGUGGCGCACUGGAGCUUCCUGCCGUACCGGGUCGCGCAGAAGCUGGGCGCACUCUUCGAGCGGAGCAGUGCCGCCGACAGCCUCAGCCUGCCGCGCCACGAGGGCAUCCACUGGUACGCCAAGUCGCUGUACGCCAUCAAGGACUACCUGAUCCCGGCGAACUGGCUCUACCACUGA